AGAAUGCUGCAACAUUGCCAACCAAGCGCAAGUUUGCCUAAUUUGUUUCAACUGCGAUAUUUCCCAUUUGGUUAGUUUUGUAUUACUUCUGACUAUUUGGUAAAAAUUUUACAUUAUUAUGGCAACAUUUAUUUUAAUUUUAUUUAUGGUAACUUCAAUAUUGGUACGACAGUUGAGUAAUGAAAGCAAGCGCGUGCGCGUAGUGAUUGUAAGUGUCUGUUUAGAAUUUGCUGUUUCUGCUUAAAAGAAAGUGUUUCAGAGCUGUGAGAACAUUCCAAUUUAAAUGAAAAAAUGGCAAAAGAAAAGCGCAAAAGAAGAAAACCAGGUGCUCGCAGUUAUGCUGACUACUCAGCGGAAAUGUUGGAAGUAGCUGCAAAUCUCGUAAGAGACAAAGUUAUUUCAUCAUACGAAGCUGAAAAGCAAUUUGGUAUCCCCCGAAGAACAAUUGUGAAUAAAUCACAAAACCUUCACAGCAAACCUUUUGGUCGGCCUACAGAGCUAUCUACAGAAGAAGAAAAACAUAUCGCUAAAGUGGUGGAUGUUUCAGCCGAAUUUGGCUGUCCGCUUACUUUAUUAGAUUUGCGGAUUGUAGUCCACAAUUAUCUAAUUAAAACUGGAAAGCUAAGCCUAUUUAAAGGAAAAAUGCCGGGUGAACGUUGGGCCCGUGAAUUUUUAACGCGUCACAAUUUUGCACAAAGGGCCACUCAAAACAUCAAAAAAAGUCGUUCUUCUAAGACCGUAGAGGAGUUGAACGAAUACUUUAAAAAUCUGGAAACUUCGCUAAACGACGUUCCGCCUUCUAACAUCCUCAACUUUGACGAAACCAAUUUGAGUGAUGAUCCUGGUUCCAAGAAAUGCAUUUUCAAAAGAGGGACUAAACAUCCCGAAAGAGUGAUCAAUACUAGCAAAAGUUCUGUAUCCAUAAUGUUCAGCGGAACUGCUGAUGGACAUUGCUUACCACCAUAUGUAGUGUAUAAAUCAGAUCACUUGUGGUCUAGAUGGUGUGAAGAUGGACCAAAAGAUGCUCGUUAUAAUAGGACAAAAUCUGGAUGGUUUGAUAUGGUUUGUUUCGAUGAUUGGUUCAAGACUAUAGUCUUACCGUGGGCUAAUUCUCGAGACGGCAUAAAAUUGAUUAUAGGCGAUAAUUUGGCAUCGCACCUUAGCGUGGAGACAAUUCAGUUAUGCCAAACCCACAACAUCAGAUUUGUUUUCCUUCCUACAAAUGCUACCCACCUUACUCAACCGCUAGACGUAGCAUUUUUUGGACCGAUGAAACGUCAUUGGCGUCAAAUUUUAACAAAUUAUAAAGCUACAUACAGCACUGCAAACACCAUCAACAAAUGCCAUUUCCCACAGCUACUAGAACAAUUAAUGACUAAAAUAAACAUUACAAAGGAGACCAACAUAUGCAAGGGAUUCGAAGGAUCGGGAAUAUAUCCUUUUAACCCGUCACGAGUGAUGGUGAAAAUACCAACAGUACAAGAAGAAAAUACUCAUCAGUUUGAUGCUAGCCUUCUAAAAUUCUUGCAGCAGAACAGGCAAUCAAGACCAAUUAAGACAGGCACACUUAAUAAGCUUACAGUUGUACCUGGUAAAUCUAUAUCAACGGAAGAAGCGGAAGAGCUAGCUAAAGCAAAAAAAGCGAGAAAAGAUGCAAAAAAAGACGGAAAGAAAGCCAAAAUAGAUGCAAACAAAGCUAUGAAAGAUGCUAAAAUAACCAACCAGAAAGCUAAAAUAGACUCAAAUUUACCAGGACCGUCGAAAACAAGAACGAUUGUUAGAGAAGAGAGUAUAAAACAUGCUGAAAUAAAAAAUUCUGAAUUAGAAAAAAGUGUUCCAUCAUCCAUUGAUACCUACGAGCUUGAUAAAGAAAAUGACAGUUGCAUUCAUAACAAUUUGACACAAUCACAAUGUUUACCAUCGGUGCAAAACAACUCUAACAGUCUUUUUGGUCUAUGUGUUAUUGCCGUAAAUACUUAUUUGCUGAACUCAGAAGUCAUUUUAAAUAAUUUUGUACAACGCCUGAAAGAUGUAUCAAAGAAUUCCGAAACUAAUACACCGUUUUACAAUAACACACCUAAUUGCUUACAGAUGAAAAUUGUUGCAGGACCUAACAAUAAUCCAGAACCAUCUGAAAAAUCUAACCAGAAGCCAAAAAUAAUAAUUACAUCUAAUAUAGUUAUAAACGCAGCCUCCGCUGAAAAAAAUAAUAUCUUACGAGAAAUAAGUACUGAAAUAAAUAAAAGGAAAAGAAGAAAAAGUACUACACGAAAACAGUCGAAAAUUUGUAGAAAAAAGAGACACGUGUACAACAGCGAUUCAAGCCUGACAUCGCAGAUUUCUUUUGACGCUGCUGACACAGAUGAUUCAGAGUAUGAAAAUUUCGAUAGCUAUAUUGAGUCAUGUUUGCAGGAACAAGAAGAACAGGAAAACGUUUGUCCGUUUGGGCUGAGCGAUAUUGAAUUCUAUACGCAAGAUUGUCUAGGACUGCAAGAAGGCCGUUGGGUAAUAGCGAAAUUCGCUUCAAAAAAAAGUAUUAAACAUUUUGUAGGGGAAGUUAUAUCAAUGAAUGAUAAAAUUCCUACAGUGAAGUUUGCACGAAAAGUGAAAAAUUCUAAGCGUCAGCAAGGAACAGUCUUUACCUAUCCUUACAUUGAAGACGUAUUUACUGUGCAAGAUUUGAACGAUAUCGUCGCGGUAUUACCUGAUCCCCAAGUUUCCAGACGAGGACAUUUCAUUUUCAAUAUUAAUUUUGAUAAAUAUAACGUACAAUAAGCUAAAUAUAAUUCAUUAAUAAAAAAUAAAAAAAAUCUUUCGUGAUACUGGCUAGUCCUGCAUUCCUGUAAAAUAAUUUCUUUAUCCGGUAAAAAAAUAUUUUGAUUAGGUAGCUAUUUCUGUUAUUCCGUUAAGAAUGAUUAAUAACUUUUCUGUGCUUUGCCUAGCUACAUUAGAUGUUAAGAUAACUAAAAAUGCCUACAUUGCUCAUUUAAUGUUUGUUAUGUUUAAUUAUAUAUUUUAGUACUUACCUAUGUUUGUUAUAAUGUUCCUGUAACGUACCAAAGAUUAUAUAAAAUUAAUUCACACACAGCCGCAAGCUUCCGACACGGUGACACGGACUACUAAAAACGUUGUUUUUCGAAAAUUAGUUUUUUGACCACUAGCGACGCCCAGCCAGUCAACGGGUCAGAUAAGUUUGUGGCACUAUAAUAAAAUAACAUGCGUACCUAAGAUUUGUCUAAGAUUAUAAACAUUUGUACCUAAGCAAAUUAAUGAAUAAUUGACUUGGUAAUUUUGUAAUUACCGUAAAAAAAUAAAAAUUCAUAAUAUAAGUGGUGUCGAUUUCUUUGCACAACCCUACAGGUAGCGCCAUUUUUGUAUGAAGAGUUUGUGGCGCCUGCUACAACUUUGCCUAUUACCGGAGAAAAAAAAAAACCCCCGUAAAUUGGCUAUACUUUGAAAGCCGAGGACAAGAACGACAUGUUAUGCACACGGAAAAAAAUGUGUACAAAUAACGGCAACAUAUUUAUUGAGUUAUCGUUCUAGGCAAAGUUACGCCAUUUACCUACAACUUUGCCUACGAAUUUAAAUACUUGAAAUUUACAGAAACCACUACUAGUUCCAACUGUUUAAGCCAUAUAUAUUAGGAAAUAAAGUUCAUAUUUCAACUAAAACUCUUUAGAAGUAAUAAGGACUUAUAGGUAAUGAUAUGUUCAAAAAAAACCUCAAAAUCCAGGCAAAGUUACAGCGUUCUACGGUACCU